UGAGGGGGAGUGCUCUAUGGUUGUUGUCUUCACUAGCUGGGUUUGUAUUUUAUGUGCCUCCUGGAGGCUGGGAGUAUUGUGAGCUGCUUGUAGAACUGAAGGAACAAUGUUGUCCCUUGUGCACCCAUGGACCCAGCCCUAUUGAGCAGGAGAAAUUCAAAACAUUUCAGUCAAGACUUCAGAUUGAUCCAGAUGUGGUAGAAUGCCUUCAGCAAAAGGAUGGUUUGACUGACACGUCAGCUUCAACAUAAAGCCAAGCCUGAGAAACAGCAAUACCAAGGCUUUCCAAGAGCAGAAGCAAUGAGCACUGAGAUACCUUCCAACCUAAUCAAACAUGCAGGGCAGACAAGCAUUCCAUCUCUCAAAAAUAUAACAGAUUUUUCCUUAAAUAUCACUGACUGCAACCAGGUUGUGGUGCCAGAGGAAGUCUUUUUCACUGUUGCUGCUGCUGGCAUACUAGAAAAUCUACUUGUUCUUGUCGCUGUCAUCAGAAAUAAGAAUUUGCACUUGCCCAUGUACUUCUUCAUUUGUAGCUUAGCCAUUUCAGACAUGUUAGGCAGCUUGUACAAAACUCUGGAGAACAUCUUUAUUAUCUUGUGCAAAAUGGGGUACCUGACACGUCGUGGGGACUUUGAGAAAAAGCUGGAUGAUGCCAUGGACUCCAUGUUCAUUCUGUCUUUACUGGGGUCCAUUUUUAGCUUGCUAGCUAUUGCAGCAGACAGAUACAUCACUAUCUUCUAUGCUUUGCGGUACCAUAAUAUAAUGACAGUGCGAAGGGCUUUGGUCAUCUUGGCAAUCAUUUGGACAUUCUGUGCUGGCAGUAGCAUUGUCAUUGCCCUCUUCUCCCAUGAAAUCGCUACAGUCAUUCCCUUCACCAUCCUCUUCCCUUUAAUGAUGUUUUUUAUACUGUGCCUCUAUAUCCAUAUGUUCCUCCUAGCCCGAUCUCAUGCUAAAAAGAUUGCCUCGCUGCCAACCAGUGCAGUCCAUCAGAGAACUAACAUGAAAGGAGCCAUUACGCUGACUAUUUUCCUUGGAGUCUUCCUUUGCUGUUGGGCCCCCUUUGUUCUUCACAUCCUUUUAGCAAGAUUUUGCCCACACAACCCUUACUGUGCCUGCUACAUGUCCAUUUUCCAUGUGAAUGGGACCCUCAUAAUGUGCAAUGCAAUCAUUGAUCCUAUGAUUUUUGCAUUCCGAAGUCCAGAAUUACAAAGUACAUUUAAGAAGAUGUUUUGCUGUGCCAGGCAUAACUGGAACUGGUAGAAAUUAAAUGAAGUCAAAUAUUAUUGAAGCACACCCAAUGCAACAUCAGCUUGCAGAGUUAAAAAUACUAACGCAAAAUAAUACUACACUUGCACUGCCAAUGAUUUUCAGAGGGCUGUAAAAGAAUACAUGUAAGCAAAGUAUCCAGACAAGUCUUU